AUGGAUCGUAAUCAUAUGCCCUUCCGUCUCCGAGGACGUGGCGGUCGGCGAACAGUCUUUCCAUCGUAUCCGCAGCACCACGAAGUAGAGACAAGUAGCAAAAUCAGCGGAGCAUCUGAUGCAGAAAACACACCUGACGAGAACCAGGACACAGAGUUUUACCCAAGUUUGGAAGACGUGUCCCAAGUCAGGGAGAUACUUUGUCGAUUGUGGUCGACCUCAUCAUCGUCUUCAACGUCGAAGAGGCGAAAUGUGAUGCUUCCAGAUGAGGUGAUUGAUAUCAUUCUAGAUGAGGCAGAAUAUUGGCCAAGUGUGGUCACGAAACUUAACACGACGCCUUUUGUGAUAUCUACAGAUGGUGAUACAGAGUGUUUGAGGACGCCACCAUUAUGUUAUAGUCUUUUGAAAGAUGAAAAUAAAACCGAAGAUGAAUAUUCGUCGACGGAUAAAGAACGCGAGCCUCAUAUUUUGCUACAUAGAGGCAUUCACCCCUGUCGAAAGAUUGUCUUUGAUAUCUCGUCACAUGAUCAAGGAUGGGGUGGAGAGACUGCUCAUAGAGGCACAUUCCAGGGUUCGUGGACAUGGUUCGAUGCAUACAUCAUACCUUCAAACGACAAGGAUGACGGAGCGGAGGAAGGUCGCAGAGCGUCUGACUCGACUACCUCAACAGUAGCCACGACCGCUACUGCAAGGUCAACAGAUUCCAACUCUAGCUCUGAGGGACCAGCUUCGAACCGUCUAAGACCCUUUCUCCCAGAACCCACCAAACUACAAUGCAAUCGCACUGCAACCAUCAACCCCACCGAUUAUCACAUUGUUUGGCACUAUCUUGAUGAUUUGCCGGCUGAUUCACCGGAAGCCGAGCAAAUAGAGCAAGAGACUGGUCGCGGCCGCGCAACUUUUGAUGGAAAUGCGGUACGGGAUAUGAAGGUCGGCGAUGAAGUCUCUGUAUGGCUAAGGGCACGGUUUGCAGGAUGGAGGAAUCAUGUGGAUAAGAUGUCUGUCAGGGUCUUUUGGGCUGCUUGA